CUAGCGGGCUGCAAGGCCUGUGCGGGCGGAGGGCAGGGAGGCGGGGCGGCUUCCGCUUCCGGGUCGUGGCUGGGGCCGGGGGGGCCUCGCUGCAGCUGCUGCAACCGCCAUCACCGCGAUGCCGAAAGGAGGUAGAAAAGGAGGCCACAAAGGCCGAGCGCGACAGUAUACAAGUCCUGAAGAGAUUGAUGCACAGCUCCAAGCAGAGAAGCAAAAGGCAAGGGAAGAAGAGGAGCAAGAAGAAGGUGAAGGAGCAACAGGGGACCCAAAAAAGGACAAGAAGUCUUUAGAUUCAGAUGAGAGUGAUGAAGAUGAUGAAGAUUAUCAGCAAAAGCGCAAAGGAGUGGAAGGGUUGAUAGACAUAGAGAAUCCCAAUCGUGUAAUUCAGACAACCAAAAAAGUAACUCAGCUGGACCUGGAUGGACCCAAGGAACUCUCACGACGAGAGCGAGAGGAAAUAGAGAAACAAAAGGCGAAAGAAAGAUACAUGAAAAUGCACCUAGCUGGUAAAACAGAGCAAGCCAAGGCGGAUCUUGCCCGACUAGCCAUCAUUCGGAAGCAAAGGGAAGAAGCUGCCAGGAAGAAAGAAGAAGAAAGAAAAGCAAAAGAUGAAGCGGCCAUGGCAGGUAAAAGACUGCAGUCACUAUCCCUUAACAAGUAAGCACAGGACACGCAAGAGGAGGAAACGCCAGGGAUCCGUGCCUGGUGCCUGCCAGGAACUCUGUCGUGUUGCAUACCAUAGAUGCCACGUAGGGUGUACUGCGGCAUCGAAGUCACCUUCACCUCCAAGAGACACUGACAAUGUGUUUUGUCUUCAUCCUGGCACAAUUUCCAUUUGGGGUUAGGGGCAGCUGCUAUCCUCGGUGCAAAACUGUGCUGAACAGCAAUUCUCUGUAACAGUUUGAAAACCUGAAUGUUUUUGCUGUUUUUAGGUCUAAAAACUCAUAGAACGGGAAUGGGGGGUGGGAUGGGAUGGGAGGGGGCAUGGGGAGGAGGGAGCUGUGUGGGAGGGGAGAUGCUUCAACUAUUAGACUGCAAGAAAAUAGAUUGUGGGGUCAUUGUGGGGUGGGGUGCGUGGGGUGGGGAGCUUUGACUUGCUCAUGAAAACCCAAAGGAUAAGGUAUCUGUGGAAUUCUUUUGGGCAGACAGCCCUUAAACUUUUACUGCAGGGUGUUGCAGUGUAAUCUGGGAGCCUGACUUCAUGGACAUCUGGGCUGUUCUGUUCCUUCCCAUUUUCACCCCUCCUUUCUCACAGCCAUUCUCUCCCCCUUUUCUCUCCUCUUGGUUAUUUUUUGUUUUCUUCACCUGAUUAGGGAUAGUGCCAGUUUUUAACCACAUUAUCCUUUGUUUAAAGGAAAACAGGUAUAUGUAUCAUGAAUUGUAUUGGACCCAGAUGGAAAAAAAGCCCAAACCCACCUUGAUGAAGUUAAAAAAAAGAAAGGAAAAACAACUGAACUUGUAUAUUUGGCUGAUUAAAAUGUAAACGAUCAGAACUGC